AUGGUUGGGGCCAUCAGAGGCGCAGCAGGACGAGAGGAGGACGGACAAAUUAAUUCCAGAAUUAUUGUUUGCCAUAAUAUCCGAAUUAUCGAAGAAAUUCGCUUCGACAGCUCUCCAUCAAUUAAUUACAAGCGUACAAAAAGGCAGCGACAGGGAAACACCUGCAGCUUCCUACGGACUCGAGGCCCGGGACCGGGAUCGGACCAGCUCGUCCAAAUUGACCUCCACCGACCUUCAUAUGAUGCAUGUCUACAUGACCACGUCUGGAGGAUAAUGAAAGAUUACAAGAGAAAUGUCUCCCAUGUCCUUCGAACUAACAAUUCGAGCCCAAGUUCGGUUCGAGAAUCGAAGAACUCGAACCGAGCAGACGAGCAGAUGAUAAUAAUGGUGAUGCUACGGCACAUAACUAUCGACUGCUUGCUUGCGCAUGCGUAUCUCGCAAUGAUGAGUAUGUCGGUCGAUCUGCUCAGGCGAGGCGCACGAGCUCAGAUUGAGCAUAUCCGACUUGUGGCUCGCUCGCGCCCAAGGAUAACUUACUCAUCCAAUGUCUGCGCGCUCUUGCCAACAUCACAUCACCUCUGCGUGCCAUCCACCCUUCUGGCCUGGGAGAGAGAGCAAAAAGCAGAUCUCCGCAUGCACAUGGUCUGUGACAGGCACACGCGCGGAGGGAAAGCACUGAUUCUCACUCAGCAUGUUGGUGGCGAUGGCGAGGGUGAGAGUGAUGGUGAAUGGUGUAUGGUGAAUGGUGGAGAACCUCGACUUUGUACCAACACUGCGAUGACGUACACACUUUCCAAUGCCAUGCCAUGGAUUGCGAGCUCUUGCCUCUCCUUUGUAAUACCUACGCACUUUCUCGUGCAGUGUUCAGAUUCAAGGACAAGUUCAUCGAUCGGUGGAAGAGGAGAACAUUCCAAACUUGAUCACAGUCGUGAGAAGAUGCUGAAGGCUGUGGAAGAGGCUCAAUGGGCUACUAAAAGCUUCCAGAGAGAGAGAAUUCAUGACUUCUGGGGGAUAGGAGAUAGCGAACCGAGCAUUUGUGGGGAGGUGCUGCUGUCUGAGUGUCACAGCACAGCCUUCAGCACUGCUUGCUGUGUGCUGCGCUAUCCCAAAGAAAUCGUGGACUCUCUGCUCUGUUGGAAGCCCUUCGUCUCGUGUUGAUUGUUUCAGCUGUGUCUGUCUGUCUGUCGAUCUGGCUUAUGGCAGAAAUAUUCUGACCUUUAUCGAGACUACAUGCCCCGCGAGUCUCCAAUUCUCGACACAUUUGAGACAGAGUCAAACUUCAUUCUUUAUCGAAGCGAGAAGAGUUGCGUCGCGAAAGAAUGAUGGUGACGAGCGAGGAUCGAGGAUCAAGGAAAUCGAAGUAAGCGAGUAGAGAGACUUGCGUUUCAUCUCUCCAUCUCAAGUUCAAUCCCACAAGCCGCUCCGUUGUUGGCUAUCAUAUCUCGCGUCCGGGGGAGGAGGGGACGAAGCGAAGCAGCCGCCAAGCAAAUCGAUCUUGCCCGCCUUCAGAUUGGAAUCAAACAUCGGCGAGAUCACUCGAGUUGUCGAUAAGGAGUCUUUGAGAAUUUGCGGCAUCGAGAAUUCUCCAGCCUGUGUUUGAAAUUCAGAAACCGAAAUUUAUCGGUCGAUCGAUAGCGUGAGAACUUUUGAAAUUAGCAAGAUACUUGCAGCCAACCAACCAGCCCCAUGGCCUUCGCGAGGACGAGCAUUAUCUCGGGAAAAGACUCCCAAACGAUAAAUUCGGGUAGUCCUGGGUUCGCCAAGGGUGCGGUUGAGCAAAUUAGGCAGCGCUCCAUAGCCAAGAGAUCUCGGCGUUGCAAUAAUUGCACCCAUCCGGCUCGAGGGGCGAGGGCUUGACACAAGAUAGUCCAGAAAAUUUCAUGCGUUCGCAACGAGGUUUUUUCGGUGCGGCCACUUACUUUCUCAGAAAUUGGAUCGACUGAUUGGGACCUGCCGCAGGUAAGCUGUGAUGGAUCACAACUCACCUUUGCUUCAUACCGAGACCAUUUAGAUCGAUCGAAGUCUCCAUUAGCUUGAUUCUCGAGUAAAUCUAUGCAUGCGUCACGUUCCGUUCGCUGUCGUCGUCCACUUUUCUACUGAGGUUUAGAUCGAUCGGCGUUCUGAUGGCUUCUAUUGAGGUCGGUCAGUCGAUCCAUUUCAAUCUCGUGAUUCUCCGCGUCUAGUAGGGAGACAGCGAAAAUCAAAGUCCUGACAAUAUGCUCGAGAAUCAAAAGCAAUUCGUGUUUGCCCAUGUCGGAAUGGCAUUUAAGGAUGAAUAUGGCACGUACACGGCUGCAAUUUUCACGUCACAUCUUUCCACGUGCAGUAGACGAGCAUCUCCGAAAUUCUUCUGAACAGUCACCACUAUCCCAGAGAACAGUGCAAUGUUGCCAACUUUCUGAUCUAAAGAGAGUCGGCAGUGUAAUGUGCUUGAGCGGUCCCUCGUCUGUCAGUUCUCUUGCGUCUGAAACACUUCAUCCAGCAACCAUCUACACAUCCCCAGGUUGUAGUCGCUUAUUGAAAUCAUCAAAAUCGUGAGCAUAUGUUCACAACUUCGAUCGAUCAAGUGCCACGCAAGUAGUUAUAGAAAUUCCUCGUGAUUUUGAAGCGCAGGACUUGAAACAUAUCGCGAGCUACGGGCCUGACAUGUUUAUGAUUAGAGCAAUAUUCGACUUGGCCUCCGAGACUGUACUGCGUAUAGAUGUGAGCAAGACCACAGUCGUUCAGAAGCCGAGCCCGAAUGGCAGACAAGGCAUCAUUGUUGAGGCUAGCUAGCCUCGGCCUUGGGCCGCCAUGGACGCUCAGCUCCGAGUCUAGCAUUCACUAUCAAAUAUGAACAUGCGUGCAAGCUUCCCGU